CUUCAAGUUAGCACCGACCCAAACAAGCAGGAAACAGGAAAUGUUGGGGUUUCAGGGAGGCUGAAGCCCGGCGCCGCACGAUGCCGGGGCGCGCGGAGCGGAGGGCCCGGGGGGCUGCCCUCGUGUGCGCGCUGCUGACCGCGCUGCUGCCCCGCAGCCCGGCCCAGGAAGAAAACAUGCUGGUCCUGGAAUCAACAAAUGAAGACCUACUGGCCCAAUUCUAUUCACCUGAGGAAUCAGAACAGUCAGCGGAUAUGCCCCUGGAAGUGUAUGGCAGAGAAGAUUUUAAUACUAAUGCUACGUUUCCCACGGUGACCACAGAAACAUUACCUGCAAAUACAAGUUUUAUCGACUUUGACGAUGAUGCAGAUCAGUUAGAAUUUAUAUUAAUGGUGUUGAUCCCACUGAUUUUAUUUGCCCUCCUAUUUUUAUCAGUGAUAAUCCUUGUAACACGCUAUAGGAGAAAAAGAGCCAAACAAGAGCCGUAUAGCCCAGGAUCUCAGAGUGCCUUACAGACAUAUGAACUGGGAAGUGAAAACAUCAAAGUGCCCAUUUUUGAGGAAGACACACCCUCUGUUAUGGAAAUCGAAAUGGAAGAGCUUGACAAAUGGAUGAACAGCAUGAAUAGAAAUGCGGACUGUGAAUGUUUACCUACUUUAAAGGAAGAGAAGGAAUCAAACCACAACCCAAGGUGAAUGUCCACAUUCUUCUGUUGGUCCAGAACUAUCUGACUUUGAUUCAGAGGACACUGGUCAGGCCUUACCCACUCAGCGAUGUCAGAACCAGGGCUAUGCAACCAGCAGUGGCAAGUCCCAGAGCCUUGGUGCUAUAAGGACGUUUUGAUUACUCAAAGAGCAGUACAAUACUAUAAAGCAAAUCUAAUUUUUAGUCACCAAAAACUCUGAAAGAUACAAAGCACUUAGAACAAAGCCUGCCACAAAGCAAACUCUCAAUAAAUAUUGAUAUUAUUAUUAAAAUUCAUAGACAUAAAUUCACUGCCCUUUGGGCUAAUAAGCCUGUGUCCAAAGGCCCAGGCACAUCCACGUUAGUGGUUGGGGCAUUUUUUUUUAAAGCUUUCUAUUUUAGUUUUAGGUGUACAGCAAAAUGAGCAGAAAUGACAGGUCCCAUAUGCUCCCUACCCCUAUACACACACAGCCUCCCUGACUAUUGGUGUUCCACGCCAGAGUCGUACAUUUGUCGCAAUAGGUUAACCUACUUUGACACAUCAGUACUCCCAAAGUUCCCCAUUGGCUUUAAUGUCUGAGACUCAUCCUUCCUCUGCCAUUUAAGCAGUGAACGGGUGACUGUACCGCUUCAGAAAGUAUGUAACAGUCACUGUAGAUUGAACUUAGUAGAAAACCUACUUCUCCAUCCUCUUGCUAAAUUAAGACUUCCAGAAUGCAUUUAAAGAAUUCAAUUCAUCUUGAUGCUAGAAAGACACCCUGACACAGAACCUCUGUUAUAUGUAAAGUCUUUGUACUUCUGGAAAAAGGAGUCAAUCUGGUCACCACCCUACACUUAAUGCACUAUGUGGGGUGUAAAGACUUUUCUUUCUCAUCAGGAUCCAUAGUCUCAAGUCUUUUAGAACUCUUCCCACAUAUCCCAUUGACCAGCCAUUGUUCAUUACUUUGCCCUGUCCUCAUUGAAUGGACAUUUUCUUUUAUGUUGUGGAAUCUAAAGUUUAGCACAGGAUUUUAUUAAGGGCCAGAGACACACAAAGCCGUAUGGGAAGUUUAUACUAUGGUUUUCAUGUCUUUAGAAAAUCAAUAAGAAGAGACAACAAAGGAAUUGUGUACAAGGGAGAGUUUUAUAUUCAUAUUUCCUACCUUAGCAUUUCUCCCAUAAUUCAUAUCUGUUAUGUGUGAGACAUUGUAAGUGGAAUGCUGUUUAAGGGUUGCGGCAGGGCAGUGGGAGAGGUCUGCCCUAGAGUCGAAGAGAAUUUCAUCACUGGCAUUGUUAAGCUUUGCCAGCACUCAGUGAUAACAGAGAGCAGAUCUAUUGAGUUGGUUAUAUUAUUGUUUAAAUUCUCUGUAAAGAAUGCACUGCCUUAUUGUCUGCCCCUCCCAGCACCUUCCUGAAUGCCGCUAGAUAGUUAGUAACCACAAAGAUAGACUCCCUUUCAUCAUAGUGCUUACAGUCUAGCCAGCCUGUCCCUUCUUCCCGAGGCCUUUAUAGUGAGACAAUUUCCUGCAAGCAUAGUGUUUCUGUCUCUGCAAGCUUAGGUGACAAACCACAGAAAAGGAAUGGCAAACAUUAGCCGAGUGUCCAUCUUCUUUCCCUUAUGCCAAUUGGCCACAGUGAUGAGUUUAUAUUGAGUAAUAGCAUUGGGAAAGACUAGGGAAAAAAUUGAUUUGGUUCCAUCCAAGUGGAUUUAUAAUGUAUAAUUUCGUUAUUUUUAUAAUAACAAAAAAUAAUAAGACAUUUAUAUAGCAUCUUAUACAUACUGGAUUCCUGGGUACUAUCACGUAGGAAGUUGAGUAGUCAGAGAGGGUAAAUAACAGCAUACCCGUUCUGGUUUUGUGAUAAUUCUAUUGUUUAUUUUAUGAUUCACGUCUGAGCUCAAUGACAUAAAAAUGGAUCACUUCAGUAUUUCUCGGGAAAAUCUAGGUUAGUUUAAUAAAGAAUUUCGUGAAUUUCUUCCUGUCUCUGCUCUUUGUCUUUUUUUUUUUUAGAAAAGUAUGAUGAUGUAAUUUUACAAAAUAUAUUUACUGAACAACCUAUUAUGUGCCUAGCAUUGUCUACAUCACAUCAGUUCAACCAGCUAAAAAUGAAAUAAACUGUAUGAGUAAACCUGGAGCUUGGAGCGGUUCAAUGAUUUGUCUAAUUUACACAGCAGGUUUAUGAUAAAACUCAAUAUUUCUUUUAAAACUACAUUUUUGAGACACCUGGGUGGCUCUGCGAUUGAGCGCCUACCUUUGGCCCAAGGCAUGAUCCUGGAGUCUCGGGAUCCCCCUGUGGGGAGCCUCCUUCUUCUUCUGCCUGUGUUUCUGCCUCUCUC